CACGUGUCACUAGUGCACGCGAGAGGAUUAGUCCCCGCUCCCCGGGCGCCCCCCACCGCCAGCUCCCAGGAGCGCAGAGGGGAAGGGCGCUGGGCGGCCCCGCUGCCGAAUAAGGCUGCUCCGGAAGGCGGCGGCGCUGCCCCAGACGCAGAGGGAGGGACUCGCCCCGCAGCCGGCGGCAGGUGGGCUCCGGGCGCUGCAGGGGGGAUCUUGCCCGGCGGCGCCGCUGCUGCAGUGUCAGGGCCAACAUGCAGGACCCCAAUGCAGAUACCGAAUGGAAUGACAUUUUGCGUAAGAAGGGCAUCCUCCCUCCAAAGGAAAAACUAAAAGAGGACGAGAAUGCAGCAGAGGAGCAGGAACAGCAGGUCCUCCGGCAAAAAUCUGUUGUGAAAACAUACGAAGACAUGACUUUGGAAGAGCUAGAAGAAAAUGAAGAUGAGUUUAAUGAGGAAGACGAGCAAGCUGUCAAAAUGUACAGACAGCAAAGGAUAGCAGAAUGGAAAGCACUUCAAAUAAAGAACAAAUUUGGGGAAAUUCUAGAGAUUUCAGGACAGGAUUAUGUUCAAGAAGUCACCAAAGCUGGCAAGGGUAUAUGGGUAAUCCUGCAUCUUUACAAACAAGGAAUUCCCCUCUGUACCUUGAUAAAUCAACAUUUAAGUGGACUUGCGAGGAAGUUCCCAGAUGUUAAAUUUAUCAAAGCCAUUUCUACAACCUGCAUACCCAAUUACCCUGAUAGGAACCUGCCAACAAUUUUCAUAUAUUUUGAAGGAGAUAUCAAGGCCCAAUUUGUUGGGCCUCUAGUGUUUGGUGGCAUGAACCUGACACGAGAUGAACUGGAGUGGAAGAUUUCAGAGUCAGGUGCCAUCAAGACAGAUCUAGAGGAAAACCCCAGGAAACAGAUCCAGGACCAGUUGAUAUCCUCAGUUAGGUGCUCUGUUCCAACAAGGAGGGACAGUGAUUCUGAAGAUGAUUAAUUCCUCUACCAUCAUCUAAGGUUGAUGCAGUACGUUUUCAACCAAAGUUCAUAUCCAAUAUACUGGACAAAACCCACCUGACACACCUUAAUCUUUCCACUGAUGCCUCAAUUAAGGAAGAAUAGUUUUUCAAGAUGGCAGUCUUUUACUAGCAAUUUCCAGCUUUGUAUCUAUUACAACUUUGUUUAAAAUCUGACAGUUUGAAAUACUUUUAUAAAUGGAGACACAAUCAAUCUUAUUCCACAUUUUUAAAAAUAGACAUAGUAGGAAAAGUGAUCAUUUUUUCUUUUGUUUUGGUAAAUCUUUGCAACAGAGAGAGACCUACAAGUUUAAGUACUAUAUGGCAUGGAACAUCAUACACUGAUUUUAAAUAACUUAAGAUAUAUUCAUGUAAAUAUCUUAUAAGUUGCAAUAAAUGGUGCAUUUCAACAGCUGCAGUAAAGUUAAGGCUUCAGAGUCCUUUUGUUAGGCUGUUUAUCAAGACGCACAUUUGGGCACAGAGGCAAACUUGCCUAAAGAACAGUCUCUGACCUAUUUAAUAAACUUGUAGAAUACUCACUUGACUAACGCUAUAAUGCUUUAGUGCUGCUACCAAACUGGUGCCUCAUUCACAAUGGACUUGAUGUUAAGAGGUGCCUUUUUUAUUAUAUUAAAGUAAAAACUUUGUCUUCCAGCAUUUGCCACAGCUACUUCUUGUUAAAAUAGCAAGCCCUUGGAGGAGGGAAAAAAUUAAAAUGCCAUCCUAAUUAUUUAUAUAUAUUCUGAAGUUUAAGAAAGCUGCAUGCCUGUUUCAGACUGGGCUUGCUGUCUACCUACAUGUCUUAUUUGUCUACAUGUGGAUGCUAAUAAGUGGCACAUGACUAUGCUGACAAGCUUACCUAAACACCUUUUGUUAUGUUGCUGAUGGAGUCUGUGGAAGCACAGUAUAGAAUUUGAGCAUUUAAUAAGUAUAAAACAUUUAGCUUUGUUAUAUUGAGAUAAGCUUCUGGAAGAUUUCAGCUGGAUGGCUUUAACUUGACCCCUUUAUUUGAAUUAGUGGAACUUAAAGAUCUGCUAUUUUAAUUAAAUUACAUAUUAGUCUGUAAGAUUUUUGGUGCAGAGACUGCCUUCUUAUGGGGAUCAACACUGUCUAACUCAGGGGACUCUGUUCCUUUGGUGUUACUGCAAUAGAAAUAGUGAACAAAGAUUGCUCUUGGCCUCAAUACUACCUAGCAAUGAAUACCUGUGGAGUAUGGCCGUGGUGUCCAGCAUGCUAGUCUCGUGGCUAUUUGGCUAUAGUAGUAGCCACCAUAUUAUUUACAUUUUCAGAAUAAUGGGGCUAGUUCACUCUAGUGGCUACUGCUUCAGAACUGGUUGGACACCACAGCAGUAUGGUCUCCUUGUAUUGUGAAAACUUGAUUAGAAGCUUCUGAUUUAAUUGCUCUGUUUAAAAUGUCAGCAUUGUCAUCUGAUUGAACGUAAAAACUUAAUUGUAUAUUAAGCUUGUCUGUAAACAAACUUCUAUUAACACAAGCACUGAAAUACUAGUCAGACUGUUUGAUACCUGUCUGUGUACUUGAUUGUUUUAUUCUUGCAUAUCUGGAUUUUUCUUACACCUCAAUACUACAGUGUGGAAGUGAUCUGUAUGUUGGGAAGAAAUUCUUCCAGUGCAUAUUGAAGAGGCCUUGAUACAUCAAUAUAAAUAUUGGUUGUGAUCAUAUUUGAAAUUGGGAUGAGAGUUUUUGAAGUACACUAAAACCCUUUUUAUGUGGCAAUGCACCAAUGGGUGAGCUCAAUAAACUGGCACUUCUGAUCUGCACA